AUGAACAAAAUGUUCAGAGGACUUGAUUGCCUCGAAGUUUACAUCGACGACGUGGUGGUGAAAUCAAAUACCGAAACACUCCAUCUGGCCGAUCUAGGGAAGGGGUUCGAACGCAUACGGUCUAAUGGAUUGAAAAUGAAUCCUCUAAAAUGUGCUUUUGGCGUUUCAGCCGGCAACUUCUUGGCAAACACAGCAGGCCGACUUCGCAGUUGGAGUGUCUUGCUACGAGGAAAAGAGACCGAUGAUUGGAUGUGGGCGGACGAGCAACAGAGGGUGUUUGAUGAUUUAAAAAAAUAUUUGGCCAAGCCUCCGGUUAUGACCCCCCUAAAGCCGAAUAAACCAUUGUUGCUUUAUUUAUCGGCUGCACACGAAUCCCUAGGGUGCAUGCUCGCCAAAGAGGAUGACGGGGUCGAAAGAGCAGUCUACUACCUGAGCCGUAGGCUGACAGACACAGAAAUUCGCUAUACCGACAUAGAAAAGAUGUGUCUGUGCUUGUACUUCACAUGUUGCAAACUGCGAUACUACAUGCUGCCAGUAGUGGUGUACGUACUAUCCCAGACUGAUAUCAUUAAAUAUAUUCUAUCGAAACCAUACUUCAGAAAUCGGAUUGGGAAGUGGGCGAUUGCGAUGUCCGAGUUCACAUUAGUGUAUGUUCCCCAAAGAGCAGUGAAAGGACAAGUAUUGGCAGAUUUCUUGGCCGAUCACCCUGGUAUUACCCUCAGGGAGGAAACGAUUAAUUGCUGUGACAUUGCCAUAUGGGAGAUGUGGUUCGAUGGGUCCAGGACGAGCCAGGGGGCAGGCACCGGAGUACACAUCGUCUCGCCCCUGGGGGCAUCUUACCGAUUGUCAUUCAGACUCCUGCUUGAAUGUACCAACAAUCAGGCGGAAUACGAGGCCCUAAUAUUCGGUCUCGAGAUUUUAGCCGAGCUGGGGGCAAAGGCGAUCAACGUAAGAGGCGAUUCUUUGCUGGUAAUCAAACAAGUGAUUGGAGAAUUCAAAUGCGAGUCUGAGUUAUUGAUAAUAUAUUGCAAUAAGGCAAGACACCUGAUCGAAGGCUUUCAGGAUACGAGGAUAGAAUAUACCGAGAGAGCCGACAAUGGGGUCGCGAAUGAUCUGGCUCAGCACGGUAGUGGAUACAAGAUAAAUCUCCAGUUCGAUGCGAUAGAAAGAGAAACGCCGAAUCUCCACACUGGGGGCAUCACCAUCGAUGAGAGGAAAUUUUCGGUCUACCAGCUGGAUGUUACCCAAGAUUGGAGGGUCGAGCUCUUGAAUUGGUUUGAAAAGCCAGACCCUACGAAUAGAAGGUUGAGAACUUUAGCCCUAAAUUACGUCGUCUUAGCCGGCGAAUUAUACAAAAAGGGUUUCGAAGGGCUACUCUUCAGGUGCAUCGGUCCAAAGGAAGCAAUGCUCGCGAUGGCCGAGGUACACGAAGGAAUAGCAGGUGCUCAUCAGGCAGGCCCCAGAAUGAGAUGGUUGAUCCAUAAAUACGGCUUUUAUUGGCCAAAAAUGGAGCAAGAUUGUAUAAGAUAUGCUAAGGGGUGCAAAGCCUGUCAGAAAUAUGGCCCGAUACAACACGUACCGGGCGAAGAGCUCCACUCCAUAAUUAAACCGUGGCCAUUUAGAGGAUGGGCGGUCGAUCUUAUAGGGAAGAUAUAUCCUGGCUCAACUGAUGGGCACACUUUUGUCAUUAUCGCCACAUGUUACUUCACCAAAUGGGUUGAGGCAAAACCCCUGAAAUCGCCCACGCAAGAGGCCGUGAUCAAUUUCUUUAAAGAAUAUAUCAUUCACCGACAUGGAUUGCUAGAGUCAAUAACCAAAGAUCAGGGGACGAUGUUCACGGGAGGCGAGAUAGUUUAG